AAAAUAAAUAAAUAUAUUUAUGCUCCUUCCGGGCAAAAAUCCAAUGAGGUGCAACGGAAAUUUCACAUCCACCCUCAAUUCACACAAUUCCUCCAUCCCCAACUUUCUCUCUCUUCUCACUUUCUCUCUCUAACACACACAUCACACACGCAGACCUCGCCCUGAAGCAUUGUUCACACGAGAGAUAGCCCCAAAAAUUGAUAUCGGCGUUUUCUCGGAGUGAUUGAUCAGUGGCUUUCAGCCUUAUUUAGGGAGGAUCUAGGGUUUCUUUUUUCCCUCGAUUACCAAGUGGAGAUUUCAGCUCUCUACACGGAGAGGAAUGAAGAGGACGGCAUACUACAGUGCUGUACCUCAAUUGCAGGACCAGUGGCCUAUAAAGAAAGCGUUAACAUUUUCCGAUGUUGACAUCACCCAUCCUUUUCUUACGUUGUCACGGCAGCAAGUUGAAACACAUAUUAUGGUGUACAUGACACCUCAGCAGCAGGAACAUUUAAGAGGCGAAGGUCAAGUGGGGUUUAAUGCACAGGAUGAUGAUACGGGUGAAAUGUCUGUGAUGAAACUAAAAUGGCGUGGGAGCUAUUAUAAUCUCAUUGGAAAGUGGGGAAAAGUUGUCCGAGAAAAGGGACUCGAAGUUGGGCAGGAAAUUAAACUACGAUGGUUGAACGGUUGCUUACACUUCUCGGUUCCACAAAAUCAGAUUGUAACAAUGCCACCACCAAUCAGAAUGAUUGCAGCACCCCUAGCGCACGACCACUGGCCUAUUAGAAAGGUCUUGACAUCGUCUGAUGUUGACCCUAAUCACCCCUUUCUUCCGUUGCCUCGUAAAACGGUCGAAGAGCAUAUUCUAGUGCAUUGGGUGCCCCAAGAAAGGGAAAGACUGAGGAAGGAGGAGCAGGUGUCGAUUAAUGCUCGAGACUAUGAUUCGGGCGAUACUCAUGGCAUGAAAUUGAAGUGGCGAGGGAAUUAUUACAACCUCAUUGGGAAAUGGGGGACCAUAAUUAGGCAUAAAGGACUUGGUGUUGGGCAAGAAAUCAGAAUACGGUGGACGAACGGUUGCUUGUAUUUCUCUGUCCCGGACGAACGGUUUGUGGCUGCAGCGUCUGGACAUGAUAACUGGCCGAUCAAGAAAGCUCUCACUUUGUCAGACGUGGAUACGAAUCAUCCGUUCCUUACUUUGCCUGGUAAAGCAGUGGAAGAUCAUAUUCUCUUCUACUGGACACAUCAAGCUCGGGAGCAGCUGAGGGAUGAACAUCAAGUCGGUGUAAAUGCACGUGAUGGAGAUACGGGCGAUGUGUAUGUAAUGAAGUUGAAAUGGCGUGGCAGUUAUUAUAAUCUGAUUGGUAAAUGGGGCAAAAUCAUUAGAGAAAAGAGGCUACAGGUAGGGAGAGAGAUCAGAGUACGCUGGGAUAAUGGAUGCUUGAUCUUCUCAGUUCCUCAAUGACCGUGCCCUUUUUUAUGCAGAUAUAGGCCAUUGUUUCCCAUCGGAAGAGCAAAAAACUUUGACUUCGAGUUUGCUGGGAGAUAUGGUGGAUUAGUCGAAUAUACGCGAUUCCCUCUAGAAAGUGGAUAUCAAUUUGCCGAGGUUGUGAGAUUUUCGCUGUACAUAUAGAUUUUCUAGUCAAUCGCUAUUUUGGAACGAUAAACUUUAGAUUUAGAGGGGCUGGGCUAUAUGUGCUUUUACAAUAUUAGUGUAAUAUCUACAUACCAUUAUUAAAAAAGGUAGGGGCUAAGCAAUUGGAUUUGCAAACGAUUGAAGAUUUCUUCACUUGUGUACAUAAUUUCAGGUACGAAAUCAUCUUCUUGAAAACUUUGGGGAAUUGUGACAAAGUUAUUUUCUUCUUGGG